CACGCGUCCUGGCUCUUUGGGGGCCGUCGCGUGCUUAAAAAGCGAACGCUGCGGCGGGGCGGUGGUCGAGUUUCCGAACGCGGACGAUGGAGGGCUCGCUGGCCGUGCCUCGCCUGCCCCCGCACGACCCGGGGACGCCGGCGCUGUCGGUGGUGGACAUGCACACGGGCGGCGAGCCCCUGCGCAUCGUGCUGUCCGGCUGUCCGGAGGUGGUCGGCCCCACGCUGCUGGCCAAGCGGCGCUACUUGCGCCAGCACCUUGACCACGUGCGGCGGCGGCUCGUGUGGGAGCCGCGGGGCCACCGGGACAUGUAUGGGGCCGUCCUGGUGCCGAGCGAGCUGCCCGACGCGCACCUGGGCGUCCUGUUCCUGCACAACGAGGGCUACAGCUCCAUGUGCGGCCACGCCGUGCUGGCUCUGGGCCGCUUCGCGCUGGACUUCGGGCUGGUGCCAGCCCCGCCGCUCGGCGCCCGAGAGGCCCGCGUCAACAUCCACUGCCCGUGUGGACUGGUGGCGGCCUUCGUGGCCUGCGAGGGCGGCCGCAGCCGCGGCCCUGUGCGCUUCCACAGCGUGCCGGCCUUCGUGCUGGCUGCAGAUCUCAUGGUGGACGUUCCUGGACAUGGAAAGGUGGUGGUGGAUAUCGCGUAUGGUGGUGCAUUUUAUGCGUUGGUCAGUGCUGAAAAGUUAGGACUUGACGUGUGUUCUGCAAAGACAAGGGUGCUUGUGGACGCAGCAAGUGCAGUGACCCAAGCAGUGAAAGCUCAGUUUAAAAUUCACCACCCUGACAGUGAGGACCUUGCCUUCCUGUAUGGAACUAUAUUAACAGAUGGAAAAGAUGCUUACACCGAGGACCCAACCACCAACCUCUGUGUGUUUGCAGAUGAACAGGUUGACAGGAGCCCUACUGGCUCGGGAGUGACAGCCCGGGUUGCUCUGCAGUAUCAUAAAGGACUUCUGGGACUGAACCAAACCAGAGCCUUCAAAAGCAGUGCGACCGGCUCCGUGUUCACAGGGAGUGCCGUGCGGGAAGCCACGUGUGGAGACUUCAAAGCCGUUAUAGUGGAAGUAUCCGGACAAGCCCACUACACGGGGACUGCAAGCCUUAUAAUAGAAGAAGAUGACCCACUGAGGGAUGGCUUUCUUCUCAAGUGACUUCUUCCAUGACACUUCAGGGCUUUCUUUUAAAAGUAAUUGUUGUAGCAGGUUCUCUAA